AACCCCCCGUAGCACGGAAAGACAUACUAACUCCACACUAUAUAUAAAUACCCAAACCCACAAAAAUUCACUCAUCACGACGACAGAGAAUCCCACCUCCUAAAUUUUAAUUAAAAAUUAAAUUAAAAAUCCAAAACCCAAGACCGCAACAAUUCAUCUCCGGCGUCCAUUUUCCGUCGGAAAAUUUGAAAGUGUUGUAGCUAGAUAUAAUGGUUUUACAGAGGAAUAUUGUUGGUAACAAUAGGAAACAGCCACCAUUGCUCUGUUUUAUAUCUCUAAUCCGUCAUUCUAUUUCUCUAUCUUCUUCUAAUGAGAAGUCGCCGAAGAAGAAUGGCAUCUCCUCUUCAGCCGCCGCCGCCGCUGCUGCUGCUGGUGGUGUUUUUGUAAUCCGUCGUAAUAGCUAUCGUUACCGUUAUCAUCAGCAUAGUCACCGCCGCCUUUUUUUACCUCUAUUGUUUGGUCUUCUCGUUGUUGUUGUCUUCUUCUUCUUCUCUUUUCUCUCUCUUCCUAUUUCCGACCGCCACCAUAACAUCCAGGCUGAUGAUUUUGUUGACGUUCAUAACAAGAGCGGAAGUGUAAGUUUACGGCGUGAUCUUUGGAGCACGAGUUCGUCGGGAUAUUACUACGGUUGCAGCAAUGCAAGCAAUAGAUUUCUCUCGGCGAAUGAGAAAACUAUACCUGAAAGAUACUUGUUAAUUUCAACAAGUGGAGGAUUAAACCAACAAAGAACAGGGAUUACAGAUGCUGUUGUCGCGGCCUAUAUUUUAAAUGCAACACUUAUCGUUCCCAAUCUGGACCAGAAAUCUUACUGGAAAGAUGCAAGUGACUUUGGUGACAUUUUUGACGUUGAUUGGUUUACAUCAUUUCUAUCAAAUGAUGUGAAAAUUCUAAAGCAGCUUCCAAUGGUAGGAGGAAAAGUUGUUACUCCAGUUCGUACUCGAGUUCCUAGGAAGGCCAGUCCUAAGUACUACCUAAAUCGGAUCUUACCCCUUAUCAAAAAGAAGCAUGCUGUGCAGCUGACAAAAUUUGAUUAUAGGCUAUCGAAUAACUUGGAAACAGAUUUACAAAAGCUGAGAUGUAGGGUGAAUUACCACGCUUUAAGGUUCACUGAUCCCAUUGCUGAAAUGGGAAGAAAGCUAGUUGAGAGAAUGAGACUGAGAAGUGAACAUUUUAUUGCCCUGCACCUGAGGUUUGAGCCUGACAUGCUUGCAUUCUCGGGUUGUGAUUAUGGGGGAGGAGAGAAAGAAAGAAGGGAACUUGGUGCUAUAAGGAGACGGUGGAAAACUUUACAUAAAAGCAACCCUGCGAAGCAGAGAAGACAGGGAAAAUGUCCACUCACUCCAGAGGAAGUUGGUCUCAUGCUGAGAGCGCUUGGCUACAACAGUAAUGUUCAUAUUUACGUGGCAUCUGGAGAGGUUUAUGGCGGAGAAGAGACAUUGGCACCUCUUAGGGAGCUUUUCCCUAAUUUCCAUUCUAAAGACACUCUAGCCAGUCUGGAGGAGCUGGCUCCAUUCACACCAUAUUCUGCUCGGAUGGCUGCUUUGGAUUUCAUCGUUUCUGACAAGAGUGAUGUUUUUGUAACCAAUAACAACGGUAACAUGGCCAGAAUUCUAGCAGGAAGAAGGAGAUACUACGGGCAUAAGCCUACUAUCCGGCCAAAUGCUAAAAAGAUUUCCCGUCUGUUCUUGAACCAAAACAAUAUGACAUGGGAAGGAUUUGCCUCAGGAAUAAGAACUCACCAGGUUGGCUUCAUGGGUGAGCCAAAUGAGGUAAAGCUAGGAAGAGGAGAGUUCCAUGAAAAUCCUUUAUCUUGCAUUUGUGAAACCUCUGACAUUCAGGAUAACUCACCUAUUUAUCAAAAAGGGAAACAAUAUAACACAAUAGGUUCUGAUUUGGGUGAAAUAAAUGAUUAUCAGAACUUUGAGGAUGAACAAGAAUUGGCUGAUCAGGAAGAUAUUGAUAGUGAAAAUAACCUCCGAGAAAGAGAAUUACCUCGUGGUAUUGAUAAGGAUCCCGGUAUUAUGUUAGCAUCCGAUCAUCCAGAAUUGGAGGAGCUCCUUUCGGAUUAAAUAUCUUAGGAAAAAUACAUUAUAUCUUAGUUGCAGCUUCUCGGUUCCUCACCCGACUCUAUUUAUUGAUUUCGUGCAUUUGGAAUUGCCUGGUGCGACUAAUAAGCUGUACUUUGUACGUCUUGCAUUGAUUUGAAUGGCAGGCAGCAGCGCGUGAACACAACUUGUACAGAAUGGCCUUCUUCUGGCUAGCACAGAAGUAAGAGUCCAGUUUCGAGUUCCCGGUUUCCGUAGGUGACAGUGUUGGAGCCUCAAGAUUAAGUUUGUACAUUAGAGGCAGCUGAAUAUAUGGAGUGAAGAAAAUUCUUAGGAUAUAGAUUUCUUUUUUGGCCAAAAUUUUGGUUUUAGUUUCUUCUUCAUCUAGUAGAGGACUCCGAUGUCCCUGAAGGGACAAGGUUAUACUCAAGGUAGCAUUACAUGAUAAACAAGGAAAGGAAGAUCAUACUCCAUAAGAUUUAUACGGUUUUGCUAUUUUCUUAUAAUUUUUUUUGGAAAGAUACAUGUAAAUGUUUUGUGCAAGUAUACAGAUGUAGAUUUGGUGUGGAAAUUGCUACUGUAAUUAACUAAUUAAUUAAUGUUGACAUUUUGGAGAA